GGCCUCGGCCGAGCCGCUUCAAUCCUUCUUCUCCAAGCUCGGUGGGGAAGACAAACUUCCUGAGCGGCCCUGUCCCCUCCAGAUGCCGGACGCUCCUUUCCUCUCCUCCCCCACUUCUCUCCCCGUUCGGGUUGGAUGGAGAAGACGGCGCUCAGAGCACGCAGCACGGGGAACUAACAGCGAGUUUUGAAAUCUAGAACUCGCAAGGUGUGCGUCGCCUGCUGCUGUUCAUUCCAGAGGGUCUUCUGCUGGAGGAGGAAGGGGCCCUCGACACCUAAGAUGCGGAGGGCGGUUCGUUCUCGGGCUCCCGCUCUCUCGCUCUUUUUUUUUUUUUUUGGUCGGAGGAAAGAAAACAGCCCUACGCCCGGAUGCGUAGAGAGCCGACAAGUGGAAACAGGGACACACCCUCCCGUGAGCCCGCCCCAGCUGGAGCCGCGGCGCGCUGAGCGAGCAGGCGGGGCGGGAGCGCCCACAGCUCGGAGCCACCAGGCGCUGACUAGGAGCCCGGCUGAGGGAGGAUGCGCCGCUGACGCCUGUGGGAGCCGCGCGCCCGGGCGGGAGGAUGCUCCAGAGGGGCCUCUGGCCGUGGCGCGCGCGGCUGCUGCCGAUCCCUGGCACCUGGCGCCUAGCGCGCCCGUGGCCGCUGCCGCCUCCGCCCCAGGUUUUAUGUGUGAAGCUGUGUGGAAAUGUGAAAUACUACCAGUCACACCAUUAUAGUACCGUGGUGCCACCUGAUGAAAUAACAGUUAGUUAUAGACAUGGCCUUCCCUUGGUAACACUUACCUUGCCAUCUAGAAAAGAACGUUGUCAAUUUGUAGUCAAACCAAUGUUGUCAACAGUUGGUUCAUUCCUUCAGGACCUACAAAAUGAAGAUAAGGGUAUCAAAACUGCAGCCAUCUUCACAGCAGAUGGCAACACGAUUUCAGCUUCUACCUUGAUGGAUAUUUUGCUAAUGAAUGAUUUUAAACUUGUCAUUAAUAAAAUAGCAUAUGAUGUACAGUGUCCAAAGAGAGAAAAACCAAGUAAUGAGCACACUGCUGAGAUGGAACAUACGAAAUCCUUGGUUCAUAGACUAUUUACAGUCUUGCAUUUAGAAGAGUCUCAGAAAAAGAGAGAGCACCAUUUACUGGAGGAAAUUGACCACCUGAAGGAACAGCUGCAGCCCCUUGAACAGGUGAAAGCUGGAAUAGAAGCUCAUUCGGAAGCCAAAACCAGCAGACUCCUGUGGGCUGGAUUGGCACUGCUGUCCAUUCAGGGUGGGGCACUGGCCUGGCUCACGUGGUGGGUGUACUCCUGGGAUAUCAUGGAACCAGUUACAUACUUCAUCACAUUUGCAAAUUCUAUGGUCUUUUUUGCAUACUUUAUAGUCACUCGACAGGAUUAUACUUACUCAGCUGUUAAAAGUAGGCAGUUUCUUCAGUUCUUCCACAAGAAAUCAAAGCAACAGCAUUUUGAUGUGCAGCAAUAUAACAAGUUAAAAGAAGACCUUGCUAAGGCUAAAGAAUCCCUGAAACAGGUGCGCCAUUCUCUCUAUUUGCAAAUGCAAGUAGAAGAACUCAAUGAAAAGAAUUAAUCUUACAGUUUUAAAUGUCGUCAGAUUUUCCAUUACGUAUUGAUUUUGCAACUUAGGAUGUUUUUGAGUCCCAUGGUUCAUUUCGAUUGUUUAAUCUUUUUUUGUUAUUAAAUUCUUGUAAAACAUAAGUAUUGUUCUCAACUGAGAUUUUUACUUUUUGGAUUUUUAUAACUUGCUAAUGUUAGAAAGGGCUUGUAUGCGUCUAUCAAAGCAACAGUGGCUGCUGUUAGCUAAAAAUCCUUGUCAGCUUGUCCCACGUUUAUUCUCUAUGUGGAGGUGAAAGGGUCUGUGCUUGGCAUUCACUUUCAUUCUUAGACUUAAUUUGGAAUCAUCUUUUAAAAAAAUCAGAGACCAGGUCUUGCCAAAUCAAACUCCUGGGCUCAAGCAACCCUCCUGCCUCAACCUCCCAUGGAAUCAUCUUGUCAUUAACUUCUUUUUUUAAUACGCAGUAGUUGGGAGUAAGAUCUUUUUAUCAUUUACCAAAAAGGCAUAAAUGUUCCACCAACCAUAAAGUAUAGUUGGUACUUUUUGAACUUCAACUGAAACAGUGUGUAUAAACGAUUGCUUUUGAACCUGCAAAUCACAAGUUUCAGGUAUCGAAGCCGAAACAGUUAACUUUCUUCAGCCUCUGGCAGAUUAUUAACAAAACAGUAUUAUUCAGAUUCUAUAUCAUAUUAAUAAGAAUUGAACCUUGAAAGUAACAUCUGUUAUUCUACUAAUGUGAUCGUGUGUGAAUGGGUCUGAUGACUGCUGGACUGUUUGUAGGAACUUAACAUGGAAGAUGCUGACAGAAUCAGACUUUGCAGGUGUUCAGCCUGUAGUGGCUAAGAAUUAUCAUGUUUUCUAUUUCAUCCUCAGAAUGCCAUACAACAAUUCUGGAAUGCUGAUUUUUUUUAAAGUAGGAAUUAAAGUCAUACACAAAAUGUGGUAAUCCAUAUGUAGAUGAAAUAUUAAACAUUUAAAUGACCGAGUAAAAAACAUCUAUCAGUUACACAAAUGAACAAGCAUGUGAGUUAAAAAUGUAAUAAAAUAUGAAUUUCAAAUAUUU